AUGUCGCUGAGCAAGGAGCGAAGAGAAGUGCUCUGUGUGCUGCAGCGCGUGUUGGCCAUAUGCCAUGUGUACACAUACUUCUUAGACGGGCUCUUGCUCCUGCUGAUAUUGCGCACACUCAUCCUGUUCCAGUUCAUGCGCUUGUACCUAUGGCCGAGGCAGCGUGUGCCUGCGCACGCACGCUUUCUUACCGUGUUUCAGGCAGCGUGCGCUAUAGCGCAUGUGGUAUGCCAUACGGAUCCAUCGCGAAAGCGCCUCCUCUUUGAUUUCGUGGGACAGGACCAUGUGGCGUCCAAGGGGCACCUGCUAUGCAUCGACGCCGUCAUCGCGGGCCUGCACAUGCUGCUCAUGUACAUCGCCGCCGAGGAGGCUAGCAGCUUUCAAGACGCACAGCAUAGCAACGCACUCGACUUGACCGACACAGAGCGCGCGACCCAAUCGCCCGGAGAAGAGCCGACGGCUUUGCCACCCACCACCAUGCCCGUGGCCGUGGUGCGCUAA